ACAACUUCCCCUUUCCGGCUGAUCACGCUCCCCCUACUUGUCUCCGACGACUUCUUCAAUCAACAGUGCGGCAUUCCUAUAGACUGGCUGCUCUUCACGUGUAUCUUCUCUGACGUACGUCCGCGGUCCGCUCUAACCGCCUAAUCAGGGUACGCAACGAAUGCCAUAUAAACCAAGUCGCAAUAUAGUCCGUUUGUGCGUCCCAUCGCGUACUUGCAAGAUGUUAGGCAUCCUAAGUAUCGUUGCGGUCAUAACGACCGCAUACGCUGCUAACACCUCUAUACCGAGUUCUACUGGAAUCAAACUGCAAAACGGUUUCGAGCGGGUGUACAUCCAACCUUUUGGUAAUAAUGGCAUCCGUGUUCGUGCAAGCCUCCUGAGAGACCCGACUGGGAAUGAAUUAUCUGCACUUCUGGAUCCUCCUCUUGAAGGGCCUGGUGGUAAUCAAGGUUUGGCUUACGAUCAGCUAGUCGGGUUUCAAGGCAACGCCAAUCUAACAAACGGGAAUAUCGCUGCUGAAAUUGCUACUGGCUACCUGUCCUUCUACCGCAUCGAGUCGAAUGGUUCUCGCACUCUUCUCACCUCUGAGUUUACCGAUGAUAAAGCUCUCUAUCCUCGAUACUAUAUCCAGGAAUACAAAAGCCCCAGUUUUUCUGCAGAAUUCUCUUUCACGGCUGAACCUGACGAGCAGAUCUAUGGAGUUGGCCAACAAGCAUGCUGCAAGGACAAUUCUGUGAAUAAAAAGGGACAGUCGAUUGAUCUCAUCAACUUCAAUUCAUUUGUUCCUCUUCCGGUUUACAUGUCUAAUAAAGGAUAUCUUCAGUUUUUCAACAUGCCCAGUCAGGGGCGCAUGGAGUUCAGUCCGAUACGUACUCGUUUCGUCAGCAGUGAAGCUACCGUUGUGGAUUAUUGGAUUACGACUGCAGAACCAGGCGAUUAUGAUACCUUGCAAGAACAAUAUACAGCUGUCACGGGUCGACAGCCUACGCCCCCUACAUUCACUCACGGUUAUCAGCAGUCCAAACUACGAUAUUUCAAUCAAACACAAGUAGAAGAUCUGGCCCAAGAAUUCCAUGACAGGCAAAUUAAUGUAUCCCUCAUCGUUAUUGACUUUUUUAACUGGAAGUAUCAAGGAGAUUGGUCCUUUGACCCGGAAUAUUGGCCUGAUCCUGCAGCUAUGACUGCUAAAGUAAAAGAACUCACAGGUGCCGAGAUGAUGGUCUCGCUCUGGCCUAGUGUGGAAGACCUUUCUGUGAAUUACCUGACGCUGCAAGAGCAAGGUUUGCUAGCUACCACUAGAGAUGGCACAGGAAUAUCAGAUUCUUUCGCCGGAGUAUAUACGCGGCUUAUUGACUCUACUAACCCUGCAUCUCGGGAAUUCUUAUGGAAACGUCUCAACGAAAGUUACUUCUCCAACGGUAUCCACAACUUCUGGAUUGAUCAAGCAGAUGGUGGUACUUUGGGAGAGGCUUUUGAAAACAAUGGUCAAACCAUUGAAACAAUUCCAUAUGCGAGGGCUUUCUCUCAAUACUUUAUCGGCACGCAAGAAGGCGCCGGGAAAAUGUAUCCGUGGUUACAUCAACAGGCCAUAAACGAGGGAUUGCACAACUUGACCGAUACUCCAGCAACUGCCACGAGCUGUGAAUAUAUGUCGUUGACCCGAAGUACAUUCGCUGGAGGACAACGCUACUGCUCCUAUCUUUGGAGUGGCGAUACAAUGGCAGAAUUCCCUGUACUUUUGCAGCAAAUUACCUCUGCUGUAUCCGUCGCAGCUUCUGGAAUUUCCUCUUGGACACUCGAUUUGGGUGGGUUCACUGGCUUGGAUAUCGAUACAGCAUACGGCAAGGAAUUGUACGUCAGAUGGUUUGCAAUGGGCGUAUUCCUUCCAUACAUGCGUACACAUGGUGACCGUAUUUGUGACAUACCACCUCCUACAACUCCAUCAAACGCGAACUAUUGCCCUAACGAACCAUGGUCAUAUGGCGAGGAAAACUACCCAAUCCUCAAGAUGUACAUCGAACUUCGUUACAAACUGGUUCCUUAUGUCACACAACUCUUUGCAAUGCUCCAAAACAACGGACGGACGAUCAUGCGUGCUCUUUAUUUCGACUUCUCUCUGUCGGAUCCAUUCGUGGCGUCAGCAACUGCCGCUAACGACCCGCUCGUGAGUCACCAAUUCAUGUUCGGUCCUCGUAUCCUGGUCUCGCCCGUUGGAGUUCAAAAUGCCACUUCAAAAGAAGUAUAUCUACCCCGCCUGACACAGGCCAUGUUGGAUCAAAACUACACCUGGACUCAUUGGUGGACCAACACAAGUUACGGACAAGGUGGUGCGUCUGUAAAUGUCAGCGCUCCCCUCGACCAAAUUCCAGUCUUCUACUUGGGAAGCAUGGCCGAUAUCUUAUCUGGAAACAUCUGAGUCUGUUUUGUGGCGCUUUCAAGGAUUUUUUUGUAGUGCUUUGCAUGUAUAUAGGAUCGAUAUGUGAUGCCAUUUGCGUGACCUUGA